UUCGGUGCUUUCAGAUGGUGCUUAUGCAUUUCGAGUUAGAUAGCCCAUCGUUGAUGAAUACACACUACUAAAAUGUUUUUACCAUCUUGUCAGCUUUUAAAAUAACUCGACCAUGGGAUGUGCACUGAAGACGGUGGAAUUUUUAUGCGUUUUAUCUUUCUCUCUUUUUGUUAUUUCAAUUUCAGUGAGCACAGAUGGAGACGACGUUCCAGAGUUUAAGUUGACAGAUGACGCUGACUUGGAUGCUCAGCCGAUUCCCGAAUAUGUGACAGAAGAACCACUCGCUCUGUCGCAGAAACAGUACAAGACUGCCGAAAUAGCAGACGCGGUGCUGGGAACCGAGCCACAUACCAAUCCAGCCGACAUCGAAGCGCUUACCCCGCACUCUGCUGAUCCCUUGUCGGGCUUCACAGUCCCUUGUGAUGAAGGGACGUGCGCGCGUGAGAACACCGAGGGUACUGACGCCUCCGACAGCAAGGAGGGUGACGAGCCGCUGACUUUAGAGAUGAUUCACUCUGACAGUGCAGUCACUGAAGACCAGAAUUCUACAGAAACGGCCAAAACAUACAAAGUCAACUGUGAUAAAAGGAACAUCACUGGUAUGGUUAAUUACACUGUGCAUGUCCUCAAUGCGUCUCAGGACCUGAUGGAUUACCUCAACGUCAGUGGCACCGAGUGCUCCCUGGUGCUGUUCUACACAACCUGGUGUCAGUUCUCUGCCAACCUGGCGCCGCACUUCAAUGCCCUACCCCGUGUCUUUCCCAUGAUGCACUUCUUGGCCCUGGAUGCCUCUCAGCAUGGCAGUCUUUCCACCAGAUUUGGGACCGUAGCAGUCCCUAACAUACUACUGUUCCAAGGAGUGAAGCCAAUGGCCAGGUUUAACCACACAGACCGAACCCUAGAAACACUGACCUCCUUCCUAGUCAACCAAACAGGAAUUGAGGCAGAACCGGAGCAGACAGUGACGGAGGAAGAUAAUGUCGGCCCCCUUCAAAGUGUGCCUGUGAAGAGUAUAGACUGGCUGCUUGUGUUUUCAGUGCUGUUCAUAAUGGGCUUCACGGUGUACGCUGUCUUGCGUACAGACAGUGUCCGAUGGCUCAUCCCAGGCCAAGACCAUGACCAUCAGGACUGACAACUGCGGCUGUUUUGCAAAUGUUUUUCAUGCUGUUUUAAUUUUAUUUCUCAUCGUGAUCGAUUUCUUUGGGAUGGAUUUAUUUAUUUUUUGGACAUUUACAGCUGUGCUGACUCACAUUUUGGUCAAUAGUUUUUUCCCUUCAUUUCUUCCCAUUUCUCACGGUUUUAAUAUUUUGCAAAGUAUUUCCUUUAAAUUAAUAAAAAAAGAAAC